AAGAACGUAGCCACGCCUACGAGAUGGUGUGAUGGUUGAAGACUGACUGACGGACGGACGGACGGACGAGCUCAACUUGUCAAACAGGAGUUUUUCUUUUCGACGCUGAACUUUUCCCCCAACUGAUUGACCGCCUCGGACAAAGGAAUUGCCGAUUGGAGAACGUGCUGGUCGGCUUGGAGCCUCGUCUGAACCCUGCUGCUGAGCUUUCAAACAAGUUUGCUUUGCCGAGACAACUUGUUCGCUUUUGUGCAACAUUCUUCAGUUCAGGUGUGUCCAAGCUCAGCGAGCGCCAACGUGAUUGGCUGGCUGCCUGGCUGGCUGGCUGGCAGGCACCUUCAGCGCUCACAAACAAAGACAGGCUUUGAGUGAGUGACACUGUCCGGGAGAGAAAAGUCAGCACUCCACGUCAGUGGUAGACAGCGAGCGAGCGAGCAGCGGCGGCGGGCUGGCCGGGCCGGGCCGGGCCGGGCUGGGCUGUCCUGGGCUGGGGUGUGUUCCAUAAGGCUCAACCAUGAGGAGGCGUCUGGACCGGAUCCGGAAUUGGAGCCACAGGCGGGAUGAUUUGAUGGACCAGUCAGAGUCGCCCAACACGUCGGACGUGGAAUGCAGCGAGGAGGUGGCGAAUGCAAUCCAGAAGUCAUGCUAACGUAACGGAACGGAAGGCUCGAUGGAAGUUGCAGGAGUGUCAAGCCUGUGGCACCAAAUCAAAUCAAGUCUUUAUGUUGUUAAAAACCGUACAUCUCCAAACUGGUUUUUCAAUCCCGUUUUGAAAGGAGAAGAUAUGGACGUUGUUUCUGGAUCCCUUUCUACAUCUCAAGAUGAAUCCAAAACGGAUCUGAAUGAGGUGAAAGGACACCUGGAGAUCACCUUGUUAGAGAAACAUUUCCUACAGGAGGAGCUGAGGAAACUCCGAGAAGAAGAAAGCGGCGUGGAAAUGCUGCAACAAGAGCUGGAGCGAGAACGCUGCAGGAACAUGGAACUUGAAGAAAAGCUCAAUGAUGUCAUCAAUGUCAGACUUGAUGAGCCGCCGCCGCCGUCGUCGAUCACUCCAAAAGCUCCGCCCCCUCACGACAUGGCCGCACCGGGAAAAGAGGACACCUACAGCCGCUUCCAAAGACUGCUUUUCAACCACUUGGGUGUGGACUUUGAUGACUUCCACGUGCAGCCGCUGGAGGAGGCGCCCGAGCCGGACGAGCCGCUCAGUGCCAGGAGGCUGACGGAAAACAUGAGGCGGGCCAAGAGAGGACUGAGGCCCAUCACCAGCUUCAUGCGGGACCUCUCGGCCUUGUCCAGCUGGCAUUCCGUUUACACCACGGCCAUCGCCUUCAUUAUCUACAUGUACGCUACAUGGCGGGGCUGGACCAUCUCCAUGUUUCUCUUCCUGGCUGUCCUGCGGCUCUCUUUGAACUACCUCAUUGCCAGGGGCUGGAGGAUCCAGUGGAGCAUCGUUCCGGAGGUCUCGGAGCCUGUGGAGCCUCCCAGAGAAGACUUGACCGUGUCGGAGAAGUUCCAGCUGGUUCUGCACGUGGCCCAGAGAGCUCAGAAUAUCUUUGGCAAGAUGGCCGACAUUCUGGAGAAGAUAAAGAAUCUCUUCAUGUGGGUGGAGCCUAAGUUGACCAAAAAGCUGUAUGUGGCUCUCUGGGUGUCCUUCAUCGCCUCGUGCCUGCUGCCUUACCAGCUGCUUGGAUUCAUCAUUGGUGUCUUCGUGGGCGUCAAGUUCUUCAUCAUCAACUUCAUCUUCAAGAGUUGCCCCAAACUGCGUGAGCGCUACGACACGGCGCACAUCGUGUGGAGCCGCCUGCCCACCGACGUCCAGAUGCGGGAGCGAGGCGCCCCUGCGUCCGGCAGACGGGUUCCCGCCGGUGGCGACGAUGGCGGCGGCGGCGGCGGAGCCAGUCGCUCCUACAGCACCAAGCGAGGAGCUUUCCACGAGGUCUUCAACCUCCCCGAGAGUGAGCGCCCCCUAGCAGUGUGCGAGAGCGGUUGGCGCUGCUGCCUCAUCAACCGCGACAAGAAGACGCCUGCAGACUACCUCCGCAACGGCGUCCUCUUUGUCACUGACAACUACUUGUGCUUUGAGUGUACCCGCUCGUCUUCAUCCAAGAGGGACAAAGUCAUCCAACUGGUGGACAUCGUGGACAUCCAGAAGUACAAAGUGUUGUCCAUGUUGCCGGGCUUCGGGAUGGGCAUCUCCAUAGCGACGCCGUCCACUCAGAAGCCGAUGGUGUUCGGGGCCAUGAGCAAUCGAGACGAAGUCUUCGACGUCAUCUCAGGCCAGCGCAAGCUCGCCGUGGAGAGGGCCGCCGCCGCCGCCGCCGCCGCCGCGCAGAUGUAGGGAGGCUUCUUCUUCUUCUUUUUUCUUUCUCUGUGCUGCCAAGCGACGCGCUUGACGUGGGUCGGCAAAGCGACCAGGCGAGAUGUCUUGCUUUAUAAUGACCUUUGAAAUGAGAUGUCUAUUUAGAUUUUUUACACUGGAUCUUUUUAAUGUUCUAUUUUGGGCAUGUUUUUUUGACAUUUCAUGAAAUGAGAUGUCGAUUUGACACUGGAUCUUUUAAUCUCUUGGCUUGGCUUGGCUGGCUGGCUGGCUCCUGUUUUUUAUUUUGUGGUGCUGUAUUUGGUAGCCACUUGGUCAACUGGACUUGGAAGUUGUCACAUUGGCCAGUUACGCACGCGCCUCGGUCCAAGGAAAAGAAAAAAUGUUGUUUGCCAUGAGCGAUCUAUAUAGGACGUAUCUGCUCAAAUUCAGCCGGGAGCUUCUCAUUUGGCUCGCUGGCUGGCACUUUCUGGAGUUGCUUCUUCAACAUAAAGACUCGCCCACCAUGAGCUAAGAGAUGGUUGGAGCUACUUCCAGCUUCAAAUGGAUGAAAAGGAAGCCAUUUGAAGGGAACAAAAUGACGUACGUGCAUCAUGUUUAUUUUCAAUCUGUUGCAGCUCGUAUUAAAUUGCGCCCAAAAUCA